AGUUAACUGAAGAACAGAAACGAAUAUGAGAGGUUUUAAAUCACUUGUGUUUUUUGCUCUGGUGUUUGAUUUUUCGAUUUCCUUUUUGGUGAAUGAUAAAACAACGCGAUCAGCUGGGACUAACAAUGGAGCCUUUUUAACCGACAGUCACUACAAUACAUUAAUGGAUAUGAUAUACCAAGAACGACAAUCCAGGUUACGUUUGGAACAGUACGUUACGAAGAUACAUGAGCGAAUGUUUGCUGUCGAACAGGAAAACUUAAUUAUGAAAGCAAAAAUCAAUUUAUUAGAGAACAAAACAUAUGCUUGUUCUGACAUAAUCCUUCAAAACUUACAAAAUGAAACCGAUUUGUUGGCUGUCAAUUAUGAAGUUGUUUUAAAAGAACAAAUUGAUUAUUCAAAAAGGACACUUGCAGUAGAAAAAGAUAUAAACGCACUAAAAAAUGUAAACAGUUUUUCGGAAUUGAAGCAAAUCAAUAAUUCAACCUCGGAUUGUUCUCAGUUAACACAUGAGCUUCACAUUUUGAAGGGUGACGUAAAUGACUUGAAGUUAGAUAGUAUUGCCCGGAAACAGGACUUUAUCGCACUUCUUAGGAAAAGUAACGAUAAUGAACAAAGUGUGAAUCAAAGCUUUAGGCGUAUUAACAUGACACAGGAAUCCCUGCAACAAAAGGUCAAAACAAUGUCAUCUAAAGUUGCAUUGACAUCUUGUACAGCGAUAAGCUAUUCAACAAUGAGCAUAUCUGAUGUCAUCAAGUUUCCACGUGUUUUGUUUCACGAAGGAAUACAGAACUUAUCAGCUUUUACCAAAACGGGAGUUUUCACGUGCAGAGAAAGUGGACUGUACGUUGUAUUUAUGAAUUUAAUAACUGGUACUACCUCCGCUUAUAUUAAAAUAUUCAGAAACUCCCAGGUGAUUUCCGUUUUGUAUACGAGUAGUGGUACUGAGCAAUCUCCAUUGCACGCUGCCACAUCGGGAUCUGGAAUGGGAGCUGUAGAACUGGUAGCAGGCGACACCAUUGUCGUAAAAGCAGAGAGCAACAACAUUAUAUUUAAUCCGUCAACUUGUUUAACAAUCGUAAAGAUUUUAUGAUAUGCACGCGAAGACACCAUUCCGAAAAUUAAUUAACACCGCAUAUGGCAAAAUCAAAGAUACUCUAUUCAAAUGAUUUGCACCACUUGACUUUGUCCUUUUGUUUUUUUUAUCAAAUGACUUCCCUUAGCUUAAAAUUACUUUAAAUUUGCGGAUACUGCAGUCCUUUUCCGUCAUAUAUGUAAAACUAAUGUAUCUUUAAAAAAUUUCUUUUGUGGAUAUUUA